UGUUACAAUUCAACAUAUUCGCUUGUUUUUAUGUAUUUCAGUGGUCCGAAAUAUAAAAAGGCGAUGAAAGAGCUCGACGUACAACCGGUCUCGGAAAAAACAUACAACAAAUGCCUUGGCCUGUUUGUAGCUUGCCAUAUCCUCGAACGCGGCGGGAGAGUUGGCUACUUUUCCUGUAUGAAGGUUGGCGAGCUUAAACAGGCCAGGGAAUAUGAAGACCAAAGAUUGUUACAAAUUAUAGCGGAAGAGCAAAAAAUUAGAGACGAAGUAGGUUUUCUCACAAUGUCACGAGAAGACUACGAAAUGUUUUUAAAGCUGGUCAACAUGUUUCAAAAUAUCAAAGACAGAGACGAUAAAGAGUACGCAUUAGGCACCCCUUCCAAGAAACAAAUGCGGGUCGACAAGUGCGUCAGAUCCGCACUGGCAAAAGUAUUCGGCGAAAGUAUCAGUAUUACUUUAAUGAGAAAAAUGACUGAAACCCUGGCCUCAAGUAUGCCUGAAUCUCAGCAGAGAGAUGUGGCCAGGGCAUUGGGCCAUUCAGUAGAAAUAGCUCAGAAAACAAAAUUAUCGGAAAAAACAAUCUGA